ACCACAAUCAGAAAUUAAAGAAGUAAGUCUGCGAGCUUCAACACAGGCGUCCCAUGUGGAAGUGUCCACGGAGACUGCCAGAAGUGCGCAAACCGAGUCGGCUGGAGUUUCUUUCUGACCGAGAGGGGGAGCCCCGCGCUCCCAGCCGGGAGCGACCCGGAGUCCCGAGCCCUGAGCCCCAGCCGCCGCCGGCGCUAGUUUUGGAUCCAGCGGAUUAGGAAGGGGAGGGAGGGGGGCAGAGAGCGCGACGAGGGAGGGGACCAAAGCCUGAGGGUCCCUAGUCCAGCGUGGUGUUGACGUAGAGAAACUUUCCCUGUAGGCCACGAAAUCCGCUCUCCGGUUGUGCUGAAGCCGAGAUCGCCGGGCUGAGAGGACCCGGCAGCUCUCCACGCCCCUGCCCGAAGCUUGACCGGACUGCAUCCUUCAGUAAGGGAUAUACACAGAGAAGAAGACCGCGUGAAGACAGAGUCAGAAACAGGUGUGAUGCAGCCACCAGCCCAGGAGGAGCCAGCAGAUGUGGGUAAAGGCAAGAAACGGAAUCUUCCCGACAGCCUGUGAGCAAGUGCAGCCAUUUUGGCUUCAGAGCUGUGAGAGGGAUAUAAAGUGUGAUUGACCUGAAAAUCUAUUUGGCUGAUCCUCAUCAUGAACCGUGCUUUUAGCAGGAAGAAAGACAAAACAUGGAUGCAUACACCUGAAGCUUUAUCAAAACAUUUCAUUCCCUAUAAUGCAAAGUUUCUUGGCAGUACAGAAGUGGAGCAGCCAAAAGGAACAGAAGUUGUGAGAGAUGCUGUAAGGAAACUAAAGUUUGCAAGACAUAUCAAGAAAUCUGAAGGCCAGAAAAUUCCUAAAGUUGAGUUGCAAAUAUCAAUUUAUGGAGUGAAAAUUCUAGAACCCAAAACAAAGGAAGUUCAACACAACUGUCAGCUUCAUCGGAUAUCGUUUUGCGCAGAUGAUAAAACUGACAAGAGGAUAUUCACUUUCAUAUGCAAAGAUCCUGAGUCAAAUAAACAUUUGUGCUAUGUAUUUGACAGUGAAAAGUGUGCAGAAGAGAUAACUUUAACAAUUGGCCAGGCAUUUGACCUGGCAUACAGGAAAUUUCUAGAAUCUGGAGGAAAAGAUGUUGAAACAAGAAAACAGAUCGCAGGGUUACAGAAAAGAAACUUAGUGUUCUCAUGUGACUUUGCUUCACUUCCUGAUGCUUCUCAUGGGGAUCAGAGCAGCAGAAGCAGCAGAUGCUGGAUUCAAGAUUUAGAAACAGAAAAUACGGAACUGAAAAAUAAAGUACAUGAUUUGGAAAACAAGUUAAGAAUAACUCAAGUAUCAACAUCUCCACUGCGGCACAAAAUGUCUGAUCAUGGGCAACACGGGUUUCAGAGAUGUUCAUCCUCUUUCUGGCGUAGUAGUGAUGAUUCAUCCCCCUGUCUCAAUAUUUCUUCCAUCUCUAUCACUCCUGUCAACUCGCCUGAUUCCAGACUAUCAUUGGGAUUGUUAAUACCACCACCUUCUAAAUGUGGCCUCUCCAAGCCAUUCAGUGAGAGCAGCAUCCCAAGACCUCAUGCAGGCAGUGUGACACCUAAGUCACCCUCCACUGACAUCUUCGAUAUGAUUCCAUUUUCUCCCAUAUCACACCAGUCUUCAAUACCUACUCACAAUGGCACACGGCCACCGCCAGUACCUAGCAGAUCUGCUGAGAUUAAACGGGACCUUUUUGGAGCAGAACCAUUUGACCCAUUUAACUGUGGAGCAGGAGAAUUCCCUCCAGAUAUUCAAUCAAAAUUAGAUGAGAUGCAGGAGGGGUUCAAAAUGGGACUAACUCUUGAAGGCACCGUAUUUUGUCUCGACCCAUUAGACAGUAGGUGCUGAUGUCAAGAACAAGAGACCAUGACUCAUGUUAAAUUUGGUUAUAUACAUAUAUGAUUUGUUAUUACUUUAAGAUAGGUAUUAUACAUGUGUGUAAUAUAUAUUUUUGAAUAAAUUAAUGUUUUGAAAAUGAUUUCAGUUAAACGUCUUCCCUUUCACCCAUCAAUCUGUAAUUUUUAUUUUAAAAAUAACUUCUUGUAAAGUGUAUCAUACUAUUACUGUUUUUUUCUGUUUCUGUAGUAGAUGAAUUUAUAAUUGAAAAACAAAUUAUACAAAUAUCUGCCUUGUAUAUGAGUUCUAAAUAAUUAGCACCUUGAAAUUGAUAUCUGCUUUCAAGGCUGCUAGGUUAUCGUUGAUUUCCCCAAAGCUAUACCUUAAGAAUACUUUUUUGAAAUACUAAAGAGAAAUAUUAAUGCCAAACUAAACAUGUUCUGUUUUCAAACAGUAAACAUAUUGCCAUUCUUUAGACAGAUGUCAUCUUAUAUAUAAGAUGCUGCUCACAUCACUAGGAAAAUGUAAGCUUUGAAUAUAAUAUCACCAGAUCACUAAAUUUUAGUUUCCUAUUUACAAGCAUAUAAAUUCUAAUAAUAAUUAAACCAAUGUAUUUAGAGUAUUUAUUAGUAAAUGCAAAGUGAUAAUGUUAGUUAUUAUCGGUUAUACUCUAAAUAUUUAGGGUUUUCAUGAAUAAAUGACGUAGAAAAUAAUAAAAAUUUGCUAUUUACAAAAACUCAAAAUUUUAUUUCUAAUGAGAUACGUUCUAUUACUACAACAUAUAAACAUUAUCUGACCUGAUAAUCCCCCAAAUUAUUUGGAAUAUAUAACAUCUCUGGUUGCAAUGUCUACCAACUAUAUUUACUUUACCAAAUGUGUCUCUUCUCCCUAAAUAAGUACUGAACUUCUGUUGGUUUCUUCUUGGAUAAAGAGAUUUUCUCACCAAAGUUUAUUUUGUGAUGCCCCAUAAGUUUUUAUAUUCUAAAAUCUAUGGCAACUGUUUAUUCAUGAAUUAUCAAUAACACUUAGCAAAUUUGAUUUGUAUUUAUUUUAUUGAAGUUAGAACCUCAUUUUUCACAAAAAUCAAAUUGUUGCUCAGUUUACUCUUGAACAUGAGCAAGAAAAUUCUCUUGAAACUCAUUUUUAAUGUACUGAUGAAACCUGACCUUUCAAAGCAACAUUCAUUUCCUAUACUUUUGUCUGUUAUAUAAAAGACUAAUUUGCAUUCAGUGCAACAAAAAUUUAUGGUCAAUAUUUCUAAUUUGGUUCAUUAUAUUAUGAGAAAAAUAAAUUAAUAAAAUGGGGAAUUAGAUUUGGAGUACCCCUGAAAAAAUAGAUUUUUCUUUUACUCAUGGUAAAUGUUUUUAAGUGCUAAAGGUACAUUUUCCCUAGGAAAGGGAUCAUACAUACUUAUGUAAUAUUAUAUUUGUGUGUAUCCCCAUAAUAUUCAAUGAUAGAUAUGAGUCUUCUUGUCUGUUUUAUUUUAUUCACUAAGUUGUACUUUAAUUAGAGGGCAAUAUAUGUUUCAUAAAGAAGAGUCUUUAUAAUUUUGUUUGUCAUAUAGUAUUUUGGAAUUUGUAUAAUGAGAAUGUUUAGAAGCCGUAUAAGUGGCUUUUUUUAACAGAUAGAUUUGUAUUUUUAUUGUACUUUAAAAAGAUUUAUGUAACAGGUAUAUAUUUAGUGGCCAUUUAUUAUUAAAGGUAACAGAGUACUAAGAUGGUAUUUGCACAUUUAAGAUAUGUUACUUUACCAGUUUUUAAUGGCAAUCAGUUCUGCUACAGGCAUGAUUAAAUAGUACAUAAUUGAUCAUUUAUGAUGAACAUUUAUUUCUCCAGUGCAUUUUUAUGAAGAUCUGGUUGAAAAUUGUAUUUCUAUGUAAACACAAUGAUAUGUUUGAUUUUGCUGAGAAUAAAUGGUUUUAAAUAAA